AUCUGUUAUUAUUUGCGACAUAACGGAACGCCAUACGACUGUGUGUAAGCUGAGCGGUUAACAGGAAGGACAAAGAAAGGGAGAGGUCUCUUCAGUGUCACGUCGCUUUUGUAAAUAUACCCAACAAAUGAACACAUUGUGACAGACCACCUCGUUUCUGACAUGGCCAACCCUUUAAAGGGUGAGGUCAUUAGGCUUUACAAAACACUGCUGUAUCUUGGCCGUGAGUACCCCCAGGGAGCAGCUUACUUCAGAGAGCGCCUCAAGUCAGCUUUCAUGAAGAAUAAAGACGUGACAGACCCUGAGAAGAUCAAAAAGCUGGUGGCCCGUGGCGACCAUGUCAUCAAGGAACUGGAGGCUCUUUAUUUUCUCAGGAAAUACAGAGCCAUGAAGAAGAGGUAUUAUGACCCAGAGCCGUAAUCACACACACACCGGCAGCUGAAUUGUCCUGCAGGCUGUGAGACAAGUACACAAAAUGUUCUAAUAUUUGUCAUAUUAUGCAACAGUGUGUUACUUUCACACCUCAGUUAAUGAGAUGCAGCUCACUUCACAUGCUGUUCACUCUGCAGAGAUGAGAAACUCCCAGCAGUUGCCCAUACAGUAUAUGAAAAACAGACUCAGCUUGCCUCACAAAGAAAAUUGAAGGAAGUGCCAGAAAAUGUCCACAAUGAAGCUGUUACAGAAUGUGCUUUGUAUUUAUGUUUUAAAAUCCCCAACACUGUACAUAGCGUAAGUUAAUAUCUCAUUCAGAACAGAUCCAAACUGUGAAAGCCAAGGUGUCAGACUGACUGAAUCAUUUUGUACAAUGUAUAUCCUAUUUCAGUGUGUAUAUAUUUAUAAAUACAUGGUCAAACUUCUUGAAGAGUGAAUGUACCUAACUAUGUAUCAGUGCACUAUUAGAUAGAUAACAAACAGAAUUUUAAAACAGUGAUGCCCUGUGUUAUAAUAAAUAUGAAAUCACAGCACUGUUCUUCAACAACUUAACUCCUCUACUGCCAUUUCUUUUAUGAGAUUACAUCAUAAAUAUAUUUGUUCUUUUGUAUCACAAACUUCUCACAAGAUUUUUUUCGCAAAAUGUUCAUUUAAAUUUUCAAGCCAGAAGGUCUGCAAAUCCCCAAUUUUCUUUAUAUUCCAAUUUUCCACUUUUUAACCUCUUCUUUGGAGGAGUGCCUUCAUAAAACCUUAGAAAAACGUGUGUAAAAUGUUUAUUUCCUGUGACAUUAUCUACUUUAAAUUUGGUUUAGGUAAGGCUGUAUCACGCUAUGGUCUCAUUGUGUUUUCCAGCUAAUAAGUUGCAGUUAUGGUCAUCUGCAGGCAGUCAGUGUGUUCAGUCGACUAUUACUCAAUGACAUGAGCACUCACAGUGAUUCUGACUGUUGGCGAAAAAACAUCAGAGUGUUACAUUUCAGAUGAGACUAGGAAUGUGCUCAUGCUCCAAGUGGUUCAACAACAGCUUUCAAUUUACUAAAGGGCGUUUUUUGGGGAAUUUUACAGGGAUGGGAUGAGUCUUAUUUAAGGCAAGUAACAAAGCAGAACAUGAAUCAGAACAUACCUGAUCAUAAUCUAACUCAGGGCUGUCAAACAGACGUCCGGUGGGCCAGAACUGGCCACCAUAGGGUCCAAUCCAGCCCACUAGAUGACUAGACUAAGAGGUGCCAGGUUUCAGGAGCAAGUUCAAUAAUGUAUUGCCUUAUUGAUGUAAAAUUCUUCUUCAGAGGGUUUUCCCACCCUGACCAGAACACAGUUCUCUGACAUAACAAUGAAUACUUACUGUGACCAUGUUUAAAGGUACUGAACAUAUUGCAAAAUAUUGUCAAUCAGCAGCUUCAAUACAAAAGAAUCUAUAUCAGGAAAUGUAUUGAUAAAUGCACAUGUAAUGACUGUAUGUAUGUAGUGUGUAAAUAGACUGACUGAAUGUGGAAAAACUGAGACACACUGUUGAAACUGCACUUAUUUUUCUUUAGAUAUCUUGGGCUGUUUGUCUGUUUUGUAAAAGCAUGAAUGUCUACAGAAUGUGCUUAUAAUUCUUAACACACAAAAAAACCCCAGAAAAUAUUGGAACUGAUGUUACUUAUAGGGUAUUGUGCGAUGGUUUUAUUGGUCUGGCCCAUCUGAGAUCAAACUGGGCUGUAUGUGGACCAUGUUACUAAUAACUAAAGUGUAAUAUUAAAAUCUGGAUAGAAGUGA